AUGGCUGGCGGCACCCCGCAUGGCGAGCCAUCUGUCGGCUCCGACACGCCGCGCCAGAAAGGCAAGGCGACGCCGGAGACGCUGAAGAUGGGCUGCAUUGCCUGGGUCGAGAAGGAUGGCCAGCCGCGACGAGCCGAAAUUCUGAGCAUUAAAGAAACGAAGUCUGGGAAGCAUUUCUACUGCAAUUUCGACAAUUUCAACAAGCGUUUGGACGAAUGGGUGCCGGUUGCGAGGAUCGAUUUCUCACAGGACGUCGAAUGGCCGAAUCCCGAAAAAGACAAGCCAAAGGAUUCCAAGACCAAGAAAGCUCCAUCAGUUCAGCCGAAGAAGUCGCAAGUAUCGAAGAAGGCGCAAAAGCGACCCGGGAAGCGCGAACAAUCAGUUAAUAGCGAAGCUACAACACCACAUCCAUGGACGGAUCCAAACGAGUUGCAAAGCCAGCGAAAAUCAUCCUCAGUCGGGCCGGAAGCAGAUUCACAACCAAACGUCAGUUUUAUUGAAGCGAGCGCAACGCCAGGCGCAGGAGAUGACCUGCUCGGCGAUGAAAAAGAAGAGGAGGACAGGAAAGAGGACCAUGGUUUUAGUCGAGAGGAAGAGAUUGAAAAACUGCGCACUUCGGGUUCGAUGACUCAAAACCCAGCCGAAAUAUCUCGAAUCAGAAAUAUAUCAAAAGUCCAGUUUGGGAAGCACGACUUAUUCCCAUGGUACUUCUCGCCUUAUCCAGAGAGUUUUGGGGCAGAAGAUAUGAUAUAUAUCUGUGAAUUUUGUCUCAGCUACUAUGGAGAUGAAGUAGCGUUCACACGACACCGAAAGAAGUGCACGUUGCAGCACCCACCGGGCAACGAGAUCUACCGAGAUGACUACGUCUCCUUUUUCGAGAUUGAUGGACGGCGACAGCGGACCUGGUGUCGCAAUCUGUGUCUCUUAUCCAAGAUGUUUCUCGACCACAAGACUCUCUACUACGAUGUAGAUCCCUUCUUGUUCUACGUGAUGACGACGCGAACAGAUAAAGGUUUCCAUGUUGUAGGAUACUUUUCCAAAGAGAAGGAAAGCGCUGAUGCAUACAAUGUGGCUUGUAUUCUGACGCUACCACAAUAUCAGCGGAAAGGAUACGGCCGUCUCCUGAUUCAGUUCUCAUAUGAGCUGUCCAAGAUUGAAGGCAAACUGGGUUCUCCCGAGAAGCCCCUAUCUGAUCUUGGUCUUCUUAGUUACCGUCAGUAUUGGUCUGAAAACAUUUUGGAUAUACUACUGGGCUACAAUGAGCGGGAUGAGAAGGCGACGAUUGAAGCCAUCUCGACAUCUCUCGCAAUGACGACGCAGGAUGUGGAACAUACACUGCAAGCCAUGAAAAUGCAAGUUUAUCACAAGAGCGAUCACAAAAUUGUGAUACCGGAGAAACUUAUUGAGCAGCGGGAAAAGCAAAAGCUGAAGCGGAAGAGGGUUCUCGAUCCCCAGAAGAUUCAGUGGAAGCCACCAGUGUUUACAGCAUCAAGCCCAAGCUGUCAGCCAGAGUCUCUACACCUACCACUGCGCAGAUACGAAGUGGACAUUCUUCCCGAGCCUCCAUCCACAGCACUUGGAAUUGGACGAGGGAGACGUCGCAUUGGCGAUUUGCCUGUACUUCCACCAGAGGCCGGCAUGUCUCUCCAGCUCUUCGCAGCCGCAUUGCUGGGCUUCGGCGCAGUGACGCCGGUGCUUGGCCGGGACGACUCGCAGGUUCCGCUGCCCAACUACGCCGACUUCUGUCCUGAUUAUGCGCUCUACUCUACAUAUCGGCACCGUCCCUUCAGCACUGGCCCGCUGGCCUUGCCUUACCAGCGGCCAAAUCCACAAUGCCGAACAUUCCAAUCGGACGAAAUCGAGAGAGUCAUCAAAGAAGUGACAGAUAGAAUCAAGGAUCCAGAUCUGGCACGCCUUUUCGAAAACACAUUCCCCUCUACGACGGAUACCACCGUAAAGUUCCAUACCAAUGGCGAGAAGGAAACGGCGUUUGUCCGUCUCGAUGGCCGGCGACAAGACGACGGCGCAUGGGAGGGACCCCAGUCGUUUAUCAUCACAGGAGACAUCAUUGCAGAGUGGCUGCGUGACUCGACAAACCAACUACGGCCCUACCAGGCUCUGGCCAAGAAGGAUCCCGCCAUCUUCAGCUUGAUCCUCGGUGCGAUCAACACGCAGUCCGAGUAUGUCAUUCAGUCGCCGUACUGCAAUGCGUUCCAGCCACCUCCCAUCAGUGAACUAUCCGUCUCUGCCAAUGGUCAAGACGAUUUGGUGCAUCCGGCGUACGAGCCCAGUGUGGUGUUUGAGUGUAAAUACGAGCUCGAUUCGCUGGCGCAUUUUAUGGCGCUGGGAAAUGACUUUUACGACCACACCGGGUCGACUGACUUUGUGAAUAAACGGUGGCUCCUUGCCGUUGACACUCUGUUGGGGGUGUUGAAGCAGCAAUCGCAGCCGACGUUUGAUCCAGAAUCGAACCAAUAUGAAAGAAACAUUUACACUUUCCAGCGAUGGACCAAUACUGGCACUGAGACUCUCAAUCUACAAGGCGUCGGAAACCCGCUGAAUAGCGAGACGGGCCUGGUUCGCUCAGCGUUCAGGCCAAGUGACGAUGCUACUAUCCUAGGCUUCUUCAUUCCGGCAAAUGCCAUGAUGUCUGUAGAGCUUGGUCGGGCUGCCAAGGUGCUACAGGCUGCUGGUAAGAAGACACUGGCUGACAAGCUGGCCAAGUGGAGCGAGCAGCUUCGCGCUGGAGUUCUGGAGCAUGGUGUUAUUAAGCACAAGAAAUACGGCGACGUAUUCGCCUAUGAAGUUGACGGAUAUGGCUCUUCCAUCUUGAUGGAUGAUGCCAACUACCCCUCACUUCUUGCUCUUCCAGUGAUGGGAUUCUGUGAUGUAAAUGACCCGAUAUAUCAAAACACAAGGAAGAUGCUGUUGGAAAAGAAGGGCAACCCUUACUAUUUGAAGGGCAAAGGUUUCCAAGGAAUCGGAGGUCCUCACAUUGGCUUGGAAAAUGCAUGGCCCAUGAGCCUGCUGCUCCAGGCCCAGACUUCAAACGACGACAAGGAGAUCAAGGCAUGUAUCGACUUGGUAUUGAAAGCAUCCCCUCGAGGCCUCAUUCAUGAGAGCGUGGAUGUCAAUUACGUGAACCAGUACACGCGAAGCUGGUUUGCCUGGGCGAACGGCGUCUUUGCUGUGACGAUUUUGGAUUUGGCGAAGCGGAAACCGCACUUGGUGUUUGGGCCGGGAGCUGAGCCGUAUGAGAUUUAA